UCGCGGGGCGGGGCGGGGUGGAUAAAGGCGGUUGGGGGCGGGGCGCUCAGUGUGUCUGCGCCGCGGGAGAAGACGCGCUGGCUGCUGCUCUUCGGAAAUGGCCUGCAGCCCGCGAAGCCCCCCGAGGUACCGGAGCCGCUGCGACCGCGACGCCAGCCCGCCGCCGCCAGCGAGAUGGAGCCUCGGGCGCAAGCGCAGAGCCGACGGCCCGCACGGGGCGUCCGAGGACGCCGAGGGCCCCGCGAAGCCGGCGGACGACCGCAGACCCGACAGCUUCACCACUCCCGAGGGCCCGAAGCCCCGUUCCAGGUGUUCGGAUUGGGCCAGUGCCGUGGAGGAGGACGAGAUGAGGACCAGAGUGAACAAAGAGAUCGCAAGGUACAAGAGGAAGCUCCUGAUAAACGACUUCGGGAGAGAGCGGAAGGCGUCGCUGGGAAGCUGUGAUGCGAAGGCGGCCCCGCCCGCGGUGCCGGCCGACCUGGAGACGGACGAGAGCGUCCUGAUGAGGAGGCAGAAGCAGAUCAACUACGGAAAGAACACCAUGGCCUACGACCGCUACAUCAGGGAGGUCCCCAGGCACCUUCGGCAGCCUGGCAUCCACCCCAAGACCCCCAACAAGUUCAAGAAGUACAGCCGGCGCUCGUGGGACCAGCAGAUCAAACUCUGGAAGGUGGCUCUGCACUUUUGGGACCCUCCAGCUGAAGAAGGGUGUGAUUUUCAAGAAAUGCGCCCCGUGGACCUCGGGGAGAUGGAGACGGAAUCUGUGGAGAGCAGCUCCGAGUCCCAGGCCAGCUCUCAGGACAACAACUUGGACAUGUACUCGGGCACACCCACCAAAGUCAGACACGUGGACUGCCGGCUGGAGGACGAGUUCGACCUGGAAGCCUGUUUAACCGAGCCCCUGAAAGACUUCUCGGCCAUGAGCUAACCAACCGGCGCCGUGCAGCGCCUCGGGCCUGGCGCGGCGGAGGGCCAGCCCCGCGAGCGUGUGCUCGGCACACGGCGGCUCCUGUUCGUGGUCUGUUUUCUCCUGGUGAAUUGUUCUCCUCGCCUUCUUUUCUUAAGAAACAAUUUUACGUACAUUGAGUGAAUUGUGCAUGUUUUAAGUCGUAAACGGAACUAAAUCCGGUGAAAACCGACCUGGCCGCAACCUUACGAGAGACUCACCGCUCGGUCCCCGCCGUCCGCGUGUCCCCCCAGAGCACACCGGAGCUGGUUUUCCGCCCCUGUCCCGGCGAGAGGCUGCCGCUGCCCCGACGGCUGGUGUGGGCAGGGCCGGGCUGGCGUCGGCGCUCUGGGCUGGUGUCCGUCGGGGUGUCGCACACUCGGGCCCCUGGACGUCUUCAUGGGAACUCAGUUUUCGGCCUCUCGUCAGUAUGUCGAGGAGGCUCCUGCCCACAUGCAGAGAGCACUGGGGAGUCGGAGACGCUGAGGUGACAGGUUUUACUCAGUUACACAGUCUUAGUGGGGAACUUGUAAAUAGUGUGAGGUGGGUCUUCUGCUGGACGCACUCCAAGAGCUAGGGCAGCAAAGGGGCUCAGGAAGCACAUUUUCACCCAGUUAACGUGCCACGUAAAGUCGCUGUAAAUGACGAUGUACACAUUUUCUGUCCAGGCAUUCAGCUGUACACUUCUCGUUGAGACUGUUCUGUUUCUACUGCUUUUGUACGGAAUGAGAUUGCAAGAAUAAAAAGAACCUUGAACGGA